CUUUCCACCAGAGAGGAGAACCUGAACUGCUCCACAGAGGCAGGCUUUGUUCAGGAUAUUGGACACACAGCUGCUGUAACACCCCAGGCCCCUCCAAUUCACCACUAUAUGGUAAGAUACGCUGUCCCGGCACUCCCCUCACUGAUGUCUCAGUCCUAUAAACCCUGCAGGCCAUGGCUCCUCAGAGAGUGGUGUAGUCCAGAAGACAGGAAACAGCUUGAGAGGAGCCCAGCAGUCAAGGCUGUGGGAAGGCACAGGAUAGGGUGGGAAAUGAGGGGUUUUCCUCAUAUGGGCUUUUAUAAAAAUUGUGCAAUCCAUGUCUGUGUAUCCGACGUAUUGAAUAGGUGGUUAAUUAAUGUGUGAUAACCCCCCCCAUGAUGGUCUGUGGAAUCUGUGAUUUAAACAUCUGACAGGAAGGAUCAAUAGUUCUGUAUAUAUCUUCUGUUUUCAUAUCAGUUUAACCUCUUCAGGAUGUGAAAAAGCAAAAGGUUUUUUUUGUCAAAAACAACAUGAUCAAUGAUCUUGUAAUCAUUUUUAAUCUUAUCAAAGUUUGCACCCUUUUGUCCCCCUCUAUAUGUAAAUGUGCUGCCAAACCGUCUUCCUUUACAUUACUGUCUGUCCUAUAAGCUACACUCCCUCAUUAGGCUUCAUCACAGGCUUUGAGUGAAUAAUCAAAGGAAUUAUUCAGAGGCUCUGUGAUGCUCUUGGGGGGGGGGGUCUCUGCUUACUGUGUCUUUAAAGUCGUGCAGAGGGGAGCUCCACUAAAGCAAGGAGGGGGCUGCUGUGCACCAGUCGGAGGUGUCAGCCUGUCGCAGCGGCUCGGUGGUUGACAUUAAGAGGGAGACCCGUCGCAAGACUCCGAUCGCACUGGUUCCAGGACAGACACUCACCGGACCGAGGGACGCAUGGAUGGACAGAGAUAUAGUGCAAUCGGAAUUAACUUGUCAGCCGGUGCGAGGAAUCUCUGGACAUAAUGGGUAACACGACACCUAAACCUUUGAUAGAUGCAACUCUGCAACCCCGUCCGGUGGCCAGCAGGCAGUACUACAAUCUGCCUAACAAUGGGGCCGGUGUGGAGAGAAGAGCAUCUGCUGCUCCGGUCAGCAUCAACAUGGAGUCACCUCGCUUUCACCCCCACGCCAAAGGCAAGAAUAUCAGGCUGGAUGGGCAGCUUCGCCGUGCCACACGCAAGAACAGCUUCUGCAAUGGCAUCACUUUCAGCCACAGGCCGGUCCACCUCUAUGAGAAGGUGCGUCUUCGCCUGAGUGGUGUGCACACUGGUUGGAGUGGAGCUCUACGCUUCGGUUUCACCAGUUUGGACCCAAGCGAAUUGGUCGCUACAGACAUCCCAAAAUACGCUUGCCCGGACCUGGUGACACGGCCCGGCUACUGGGCCAAAGCUCUGCCUGAGAGACUGGCCUCGAGGGACAACGUGUUGUCCUUCUGGGCUGAUCGCCAUGGAAGAGUUUUCUACAGCAUCAACGAAGGAGAGCCCAUCCUCUUCCACUGCGGGCUCAGCAUCGGCUGUCCACUCUGGGCCAUCAUAGAUAUCUAUGGCAUCACGCAGGAGGUCACACUGCUUGAAAGCAUGUUUGCCGAGAGUGUGGGAUCCAGCUGCCUGAGCGCUGCCCGUCUGAGUGCCUAUCUGCCCCAGAGCAGCCACGACUCAGCCAAUUACAGCAACAAUCAGCUGGAAAACAACCAGGCUGCUGCUGCCAAGAUGGCCAACCUCCAGAUCAAUAACUACACACAGCACAUCCCCUGCUGCUCCUCCACCUCGUCCUCCUCCACGCUGUCCUCAUCUGCCUCGGCUGGAUUCAGCACCCCGAGGGGGGUCCGGGGUCUACCUUCUCCGCUGGACAAUGACUUGCACUUUCACCCCGUCCGUGGCUCUGAUGUAAUACUCUCUGCAGACCGCUCAGCCGCCUGCAUCCACUUUCUGGACAGCAGUCGGACUCUGGUAUUCUGUGACAGGCCGCUGCAUGUAGGUGAGACUUUGUACGUGGAAGUGGGCCAUCUGGGCCUACCCUACUUUGGGGCGCUGUUGUUUGGUUUAACAUCCUGUGACCCGGCCAGUCUACACGCCGGGGACUUACCGGCAGACCCUGAACUUCUCCUGGACCGUAAAGAGUAUUGGGUGGUACAUCGGGGCUUCCCCAUGCCUUGCUCUGGAGACGUGCUCAGCUUCAGUCUGCUGCCCAGUGGAGAGGUUCAUCACGGGGUGAACGGAGUGGGACGUGGCAGGCUGCUCUGUGUGGACUCCUCUCAGGUCCUGUGGGCCUUUUUCACCCUGCAUGGGGCUGUCAACAGACUCAGGAUACUGGGGACUCUGCAGUCCAGUCCUCCCUCCACAUCUCCCAGCACUUCUCAGAGCAGCAGUCCAGACGACAGUGACUCAGACCUGGCGUUCAGUGUCAACAGAUCCUCCUCUGCCUCUGAAUCCUCUCUGGUUACUGCUCCCAGCUCCCCUCUCAGUCCCCCCGUCUCUCCCACUCUCACCGCCUCAGAACUGCCCUCUGCUGGAAAACACGGAGAAUGCACCAUUUGCUUCGACCAGGAUGUGGACACGGUCAUCUACACCUGUGGACACAUGUGUCUGUGCAAUGACUGUGGGGUCAAGCUGAAGAGACAGAUCAAUGCUUGCUGCCCGAUAUGCAGGAGGCCUAUCAAAGAUGUAAUCAAAACAUAUCGGCCAUGAUGGUCCACAUGUUUAAACAAACAGGUGAUGUGACUUUCCCUGCUGGAUGCCACCUGUGUCCCCAUCUCAGGCUUGGUUAGAGACGGAUUUUGAUCGCAAUGGGAGAUUAGCCACACCAGAACAUAAUUGUGCCUAUAUUUCCAUUUUAUAUGGGUGAAUCAUUUCUGGAGAUGCUCUUCAUACGCAGAGCUGUGAUGGAGCUCAUCUUAAUACAUGAACUGCUGAAGGAGCUCCUUUGUUUUGUCUGAAAAAGAAGAGAUGUCUCAUAUGCUCCUGUUUUGUAUUUUCAAUGUGAUGUCUCUUACGUCACAUGUAUUUGCUGAAAAUCCUGCUGUCGAUAUUUUGUCCUUAACCCUAUUGUGCUAGAUUUAUGUGUGCUUCAGCAGUAUAUGUGGACCGUAGCCUAUGACUUCUAGUGCCUUAGAUUUUUGUCAUAUUGUGUGUCCAAGUAAUUAUGCUAACAAUCCAAGCCAUAUUUUUAAUGUACAGUAAUGAAAGCUUGUGGUGAAACAGACACACGGAUAAAGAAUUUAUGCAAAAAAAGGUGUAAUAGUCAGCGGAAAAAUGUAAGUGUAUGGUAAGUGUAUUCAGUGGUACGCUUUCAUGAAAGUAUGAUUGCAAAGAACAGAAUGAAGUGUCUGGUUUUGCACUUUGAGAGAUAAAUAAACAGGGACUAA